AGGCCUCUUACAGUUUAACGAUCCCAGUCAGCGAAGUGCAACCGAUAUGCGCUUUUUAUCCAUUUUGCCACUGUGCCUUAGCCUCCUGGCGACCCUGCCCCGGCCCCUCGAAUCCCUGGAGCCGCUGACGAUGGGCGCCAUCGGUUUCGGGGCCCUGGGACUGGGCACCUACUUCAAGGAGCACACCUACUGCCGGUUCGCCGAGUGCUGCGAUGACCGCAGCAUUCCCGCAGAUACAUACGCGUUGGCCGCCUCCCUGUCGCACCACCUCUUCGGGCAGCACAUCGUCGCCCAGCAUGUGGUGCCCGCUAUCAAGGCGCAUGUCGGCAGGCACAGCAGCUCCAGGAAGCCGCUGGUCAUGAGCUUCCACGGGCAGCCGGGAACGGGCAAGAACUUCGUGGCCGAUCUGAUUGCCCAGGCGCUGUUCCUCGAGGGCUCCAAGUCGGGCUACGUGGCCAAGUACCUCGGGCAGGCGGACUUCCCGCAGGCGGAGCGGGUGGGCGAGUACAAGGCGCGAAUCAAUCGGGAGGUGCGCCAGCAGCUGCGCUCCUGCCCGCGCUCCCUGUUCAUCUUCGACGAGGUGGACAAGAUGCCCAGCGGCGUCUUCGACACGCUCACCUCGCUGGUCGACUACAAUGCCUUCGCCGAUGGCACGGACAACACGAAGGCCAUCUUCAUCUUCCUCUCGAACACGGCGGGCAGUCAUAUAGCCGAUCAUCUGGGCAACCUGAUGAGGGGCGGCAAACUGCGCGAGGAUACGCGACUGAGUGACUUUGAGCCGCUGCUCAAGAAGGCCGCCUACAAUCUGGACGGCGGACUGAAGAAGACCACCUUGAUCGAGGCCCAUGUGAUCGAUCAUUACAUUCCCUUUCUGCCCAUGGAGAAGGCGCAUGUGGUCAAGUGUCUGGAGGCGGAGUUCCGCCGGUGGCAUCGCGAUCCCAAUGCCGCGAUCAUCGACGAGAUCUUGAGCUCCUCCAUCAGCUACGAUCGCACGCACGGCCUGUUCGCCAUCUCGGGCUGCAAGACGCUGGAGAAGAAGGUGGCCAUGGCCAUUAAUUAGGGAAGAGCGAAAGCGAAAACCACUGUGAUGCCUCCUCCACGAAGUGUUUUUUGUGUAUUUUUUUAAAAUAUUUUAAGGAAUAAAGUGAACGGGCAUUUAA